AUGGCACCAGACGAAGAACACAAGGUCAAAGUCCAGGAGAAGGUUCCAUUUUAUAAGCUAUUCAUUUUUGCAGAUAGCCUUGACAGGACUUUGAUGAUCAUUGGUCUUAUCUGUGCCAUGGCUAAUGGGAUGGGGCAGCCUCUCAUGACCCUAAUUUUUGGGAAGAUGAUCAAUGCCUUUGGCUCCACUGAUCCUUCCCACACAGUCAAGGAAGUUUCCAAGGUUGUGUUAUUAUUUGUUUACCUGGCUUUUGGUGCUGGAAUAGCCUCUUUUCUGCAGGUAUCAUGUUGGAUGGUGACAGGAGAAAGACAAGCCGCUAGGAUCCGUUGCAUGUACUUGAAAACUAUAUUGAAGCAAGACAUUACCUUUUUUGACACUGAAACAAGUGGUGAGGUAAUUGGAAGAAUGUCAGGUGACACCAUUCUCAUUGAAGAUGCCAUGGGAGAAAAGGUUGGGAAGUUUAUUCAACUUGUUACAUCCUUUUUUGGUGCCUUUAUAAUUGCCUUCACAAGAGGAUGGAAACUCUGUCUAGUUCUGCUUGCAUGUAUUCCUUGUAUUGUUAUUGUUGGUGGAAUUAUAUCCGUGAUGAUGGAGAUAAUGUCAACACGGGGGCACGCUGCUUAUGCAGAAGCUGGAAGUGUUGCAGAACAAACAGUUGGAGCCAUCAGAACAGUUGCCUCUUUCACUGGUGAGAAAAAAGCAAUAGAAAAGUAUAAUAACAAGUUAAGGAUAGCUUAUAUUACAACUGUUGAACAAGGGCUGGCUUCAGGGUUUGGAAUGGGAAUACUUUUAUUGAUUAUAUUUUCCACCUAUGCACUUGCCAUGUGGUAUGGUUCUAAACUCAUCAUUGACAAAGGCUAUGAUGGUGGAACUGUUUUCAACAUUAUCAUAUCAAUCAAUACUGGUGCAAUGGCACUUGGUCAGGCAACACCAUACGUGAAUUCAUUUGCAGCCGGUCAAGCAGCAGCAUAUAAGAUGUUUGAGACAAUUAAAAGAAAGCCAAAAAUAGAUGCUUAUGACACCAAUGGUGUUGUCUUAGAAGACAUAAAGGGAGAUGUUGAACUCAAAGAUGUUUACUUCAGAUACCCUGCAAGGCCAGAUGUUCAGAUAUUUUCCGGAUUCUCAUUCUAUAUUCCGAGUGGCACAACUGCUGCUUUAGUGGGUCAAAAUGGAAGUGGGAAGUCAACUAUAAUCAGUUUAUUAGAAAGAUUUUAUGAUCCUGAAGCUGGAGAAGUUCUUAUAGAUGGCGUGAAUUUGAAGAAUUUUCAAGUUAGAUGGAUUAGAGAACAGAUUGGACUUGUUGGUCAAGAGCCUGUCCUGUUUACAGCUAGUAUUAAAGACAACAUAGCAUACGGGAAAGAAGGUGCAACAGAUGAGGAGAUAACUAAAGCAAUAACUCUUGCCGAUGCAAAAAAAUUCAUUGAUAAGCUGCCUCAGGGCAUUGAUACGGUGGUAGGAGGACAUGAAACUCAAAUUUCCGGUGGGCAAAAACAAAGAAUUGCAAUUGCAAGGGCAAUUUUAAAGAACCCAAGAAUCCUUCUCCUCGAUGAAGCUACAAAUGCAUUAGAUGCUGAGUCUGAGCAUAUUGUUCAAGUAGCACUUGAAAAAGUUAUGACCCCAAGGACUACUGUAGUUGUUGCACAUCGUUUGACAACUAUUAGACACGCUGACAUCAUAGCAGUGGUACAUCAGGGAAAAAUUGUGGAGAAAGGAACUCAUGAUGAGUUAAUCAAGGAUGCUGAUGGUGCUUAUUCUCGGCUUGUUCGUCUACAAGAAGGAAAUAAAGGAGCAGAAGAAGGGAGCCGUAAGUCAGAAAAGUCAAAUAACAACAGUUUCGACCUAACUCGAAGAACAUCCUUUGCGAGAUCGAGCAGUAGACACUCUCUCACACUUGGUUUUGCUCUUCCUUAUCAAAUUCCCUUGCACGAGUCUGGAGUGGAAGAUAACGGGGAUGUUGAAAGUAGUGAAGUUGAUAAUAAGAAGCAUCAAAAGGUUGCUGUUAACUAUUUGGUCAAGUUGAACAAGCCAGAGGUUCCUGUCUUAGUACUAGGAUCCAUUGCAGCCGCAAUACAUGGUCUUACUCUCCCUGUAUUUGGACUCUUGCUCUCAUCAGCUGUUAACACAUUUUUUAAACCUCCUGAUCAGCUAAGGAAAGAUUCUAUGUUUUGGUCAUUUCUAUUUGUUGGUUUGGGGAUUGUCGGUCUGGUGGCUAUGACAUUGCAAAACUACUUAUUUGGGAUAGCAGGUGGGAAGCUUAUAGAACGAAUUCGUUCAAUGACAUUUAAUAAGGUUGUGCACCAAGAAAUCAGUUGGUUCGAUCAUCCUUCAAAUUCAUGUGGUGCAGUUAGUGCAAGGCUAGCUACUGAUGCUUCAAGGGUGAGAAGUCUCGUCGGUGACACCUUAUCCCUCGUUGUGCAAAACAUAGCAACAAUCACAACAGGUUUAGUUAUAGCAUUCACUGCUAAUUGGAUUCUGGCUUUUGUAAUUCUGGCUUUGUCACCCUUGUUGCUUCUACAAGGAUACCUUCAAACCAAGUUCUUGAAAGGAUUCCGUGCAGAUGCAAAGGUGAAGUAUGAAGAGGCAAGUCAGGUGGCAAAUGAUGCUAUUGGUUGCAUUAGAACUGUUGCAUCAUUCUGUGCUGAGCCAAAGGUGGUGGAUAUGUACAUGAAGAAAUGUUCAGGGCCAAAAAAACAAGGUGUUCGCUUGGGACUUGUUAGUGGUGCAGGACUAGGUUUUUCUUUUCUUGCUCUAUACUGCACAAAUGCUUUCUGUUUCUACAUAGGAUCUAUUCUUGUGCAAGACGGGAAAGCAACUUUUGGAGAGGUUUUCAAGGUUUUCUUUGCCUUAACAGUUACAGCAAUUGGUGUUUCCCAGAGCAGUGCCUUGGCUCCAGAUACUAACAAAGCCAAAGAUUCUGCAACUUCAAUAUUCAAAAUUCUUGAUACCAAAUCAGCGAUUGACUCCAGCAGUGAUGAGGGCACAACACUAGACCUCAUAAAAGGUGAUAUUGAACUACAACAAGUCAGCUUUUGUUACCCAACAAGGCCUGAUAUUCAAAUCUUCAAGGACUUGUGUCUAAGCGUGCCAGCUGCAAAGACCGUUGCCUUGGUUGGGGAAAGUGGGAGUGGUAAAUCAACAGUGAUCAGCCUCUUAGAGAGAUUUUACAACCCUGAUUCUGGACGUAUACUACUUGAUGGAGUGGAUAUAAAAAACUUCAGACUCAGUUGGUUGAGACAACAAAUGGUUUUGGUUGGUCAAGAGCCUAUUCUUUUCAAUGAAAGCAUUCGUGCCAACAUAGCUUAUAGUAAAGAGGGAGGUGCCACAGAGGAAGAAAUAGUUGCAGCAGCAGAAGCAGCAAAUGCACACAAGUUCAUAAGCUCUCUUCCACAUAGUUAUGACACCCCUGUGGGAGAACGAGGGACACAACUGUCAAGAGGACAAAAGCAACGCAUAGCUAUUGCAAGAGCCAUUCUGAAAGAUCCAAAAAUCCUUUUGCUGGAUGAGGCCACCAGUGCACUAGAUGCAGAAUCUGAGUGUGUGGUUCAAGAGGCUCUUGAUAAAGUGAGUGUUAAUAGAACUACAGUUAUGGUAGCUCACCGUCUUGCAACAAUUAAAGAUGCUGACAUUAUAGCAGUAGUAAAAAAUGGGGUCAUUGCUGAGAAGGGGAGACAUGAAGCGUUGAUGAAGAUUGAUGAUGGAGUUUAUGCUUCAAUGGUAUCUCUCCAUAUUAGUGCAUCAUAGUGUGAAAAAAAAAUGCUAGUGCCAUGCACAACGUCACUAGAUAGUAUCAAGUUUUGCUACUUAUCACUUCUUUUUUCUUAAAUGACUUUAAAAUUCAUUCUAAAGUCUUGUAAACACAUCUAAAGAUC